CGUGGCCCCGGUCCUGGCAGCUGGAUGGCUGAUGCAUGCAAAGUGGGCAUCCCCUUGCCCAGCCGCCUGACCAUCCUGGCGCGGCCGAAUCCAAAAGCUAAUGACAUUAUUGUGCAGAGACACAAUGUCUGUGGGCAUUUGCUGACCCGGGCUUUGGUGUGGGCUUAAUCCAGCAUUCUCGUCCUGCUUUCUGUGGGGACGCAGCGAUCACCCGUCUUGGCACCAGCGCUCCUGGGGAAGGUAUAAAUGCCACCUCCCACCGGCUGGGCACCACGGGCACUCUCGGGGGCUGGUGUCACUGGUCAUUCCUGCACAGGACCACCCACUAUGGCCUCAGACCACCAGACUCAAGCGGGCAAGCCACAGCCCCUCAACCCCAAGAUCAUCAUCUUUGAGCAGGAGAAUUUCCAGGGCCACUCGCAUGAGCUCAGCGGGCCCUGCCCCAACCUGAAAGAAACUGGCGUGGAGAAGGCAGGCUCUGUCCUGGUGCAGGCUGGACC